AUGAAGGAUGAAAUAGAGAGAGCAGAAGAAGAGAUGGAACAAAGAAGGGAAGAGACCAAAAGGGAGAGAGAUGCAAUUGAACAGGCGAAGGCUGAAAUAGAAAGAACAAAAGAGGAACUGGAGAUUCGUCUGGAAGAGGGCUUUAGAGAUAUUGAUGAGAAGGAACAGAUGAAUGCUGAGAUACAGAGAUUAAUCCAAGAGGUAGAGCGAACCAGAGAAAUGGUACGACAAACAAAAGUGGCAAUGGAAAACAGGAUGGAAGAAAGCAAUAUGGAGAUGGGUGACAAAGACAGAGUGAAUGCUGUAAUCCAGAGGUUGAUUCUAGAGGUGGAACAAACCAGAGAGGUGUUAAGAAGGGUGAAAGAAGAAAUGGAACUGAGCAAGGGGGAGUUAAAAGGGGAAAAGGACAAAAUCAGACUGAUGAAGACGGAGACACAAAAAAGAAAAAAAGAGCUGGAGCAAAGGAUGGAGAAGAUCAUGCGAGAGAGGGAUGAGUUAGAACUGGUGAAGUCAAAGAUACAGAGACAACGGGAAGAGCUGAAACAGAAGAUGGAAGAUGGAAAGACUGAGAGUGAAAAGAUGGAACAGAUGAAAGAUGAAAUUGAGAAACAGAGAUAUGAACAACGAGCUGAAAUCCAAAGGGAAAGAGAAAUGUUGGAGAAAGUAAGAGACGAGAUACGGAGAGCCGAAGACGAUUCCGAAGAAAUACAGUUUCAGAGCAAAAAGGGGACUUACAAAAGAAGAUGGAUGAAACAAAGCGAGAGGGAGAUGCUUGAGCAAAUUAAAACGGAGGUUUUGUCAGAAAGGGCCAUGUUGAAAAGACAAAUCCAUGAAACUGCAAGAGAAAGAGAGGACUUGGAAUUGCUUCGGUGUGAGACCCUGAAUAAAAAGCAGGAGCUUGAGAAAAAGCAGGAGGAAGCUGUCAAGGAAGAACUUGAACUGAGAGCUGAAAUGCAGAGAGAUAGAGAGGAGAUAGAGAGAACCAAGAAGAAAAUAGAGAGGGAGUUAAAACAAGGCAGGGAUGCCACAAGUCUAGAGAGAGGCGAAGUGGAACGGAUGAAGGUUGAAGUACAGAACCAGCAUGAGGAAAUGACUAGAUCCAUUGAGAGGACAAGGCAAGCCAGAGACGUGAUGGAACAGAUGAAGGAUGAAAUUCAGAGAGAAAAACAACUUUUGGAGAGAAUAAGGGAAGAAACAAUAAGAGAGAAAGCACCCUAUGAAACGGUCAAGGAUGAGCUAAACAGAGUAAAAGAAGAGAUGGAAAAACUCUGGGAUGAGGUACAGAGGGACGAGCGGGAAGAGAGAGCCAAACUGCAUCGAGAAAAUGUGGAGCUGAAUAAGAGAAUGGAGGAAAUUAAGACAGAGAUUAACCAGAUAGAAACAAUAAAAUUUGACCUAGAGAGACAGAGAGAUGAGAUUGAAGCAAGGAUGGAGAAGACAAAGAGAGAGAUGGACAAGCUGGAACAAACGAAGGCUGAAAUACAAAGACAGAAAGAGGACAUUGAAAACAAGAUGACAGAAACAAAGAGUGAGAAAGAGGAGAUGGAAAGGAUCAAAUCUGAGAUACAGAAGCAGAAAGAGGAAAUUGAAAACAAAAUGCAACAAGCAGAGACAGAAAUGGAUGAGCUGAAAAGUGUGAGGGAAGAUAUUCAGAGGCAGAGACAAGAGGUCGAGAACAUGAUGCAGAAGGCCAAGAGAGAGAUUGGAGAGAUGGAACUAGUGAAGACUGAGAUGCAAAGGAAGAAAAAGGACCUUGAACAGAUGAUGAGAAAGACUAAGAGAAAAAAGGAAGAAAUGGAAAAGAUGAAGGAUGAAAUAGAGAGGGCAGAAGAAGAGAUGGAACAAAGAAGGGAAGAGACCAAAAGGGAGAGAGAUGCAAUUGAACAGGCGAAGGCUGAAAUAGAAAGAACAAAAGAGCAACUGGAGAUUCGUCUGGAAGAGGGCUUUAGAGAUAUUGAUGAGAAGGAACAGAUGAAUGCUGAGAUACAGAGAUUAAUCCAAGAGGUAGAGCGAACCAGAGAAAUGGUACGACAAACAAAAGUGGCAAUGGAAAACAGGAUGGAAGAAAGCAAUAUGGAGAUGGGUGACAAAGACAGAGUGAAUGCUGUAAUCCAGAGGUUGAUUCUAGAGGUGGAACAAACCAGAGAGGUGUUAAGAAGGGUGAAAGAAGAAAUGGAACUGAGCAAGGGGGAGUUAAAAGGGGAAAAGGACAAAAUCAGACUGAUGAAGACGGAGACACAAAAAAGAAAAAAAGAGCUGGAGCAAAGGAUGGAGAAGAUCAUGCGAGAGAGGGAUGAGUUAGAACUGGUGAAGUCAAAGAUACAGAGACAACGGGAAGAGCUGAAACAGAAGAUGGAAGAUGGAAAGACUGAGAGUGAAAAGAUGGAACAGAUGAAAGAUGAAAUUCAGAGAGCGGUUGCAGAGAUAGACCUGGCAAGGGAGGAGAUACAAAGGGAAAAAAGGAAGAUUAAAGAGGACAAUGCAAGGAAAGCGAAGGAUAUGAUGGAGUCUAUGAAAGCUGAGCUUGACAGACAGACGGAGGGAAAAAACGGAAGGAAAAAAGAAAUGCCAAUGAUGAAGACCACGGUCCAGAGGCCACAGGAUGAAACAGAGAAAACCUACCUUGGAGAUACGACAACUGAGAUACCAUUUGAGUCACAAGAGCUAAGAACCGCCAUUGAAAAAGAAAGAAGAGACUUGGAACGCAGAGAGAAAAUGAUUAUGAGAGAGAAGUAUGACCUGGAAAAGUCAAAAGCCGAGUUUGAGAAGGAAAAGGCGGAGAUGGAGAACAUGAUCACAAAACAACGAGAGGAGGGCAGACAAAUUAUUGAGGACAUAGAAAAGAAAAAAGAAAAUCUCGAACAAAUGGAUGCAGAGAUGCAAAGGAAAAGACAGGUCAUCGUAAGGGAAAUGCAAUAUAAAACACAAAAGAUGCAGGACUUUAAAAAAGCAAAAGAUAAAUUUAAACAAACGCUUGUUAAAUUUAGCAAAGAGAAAAUUGAAAUGGGAAACAUUAAAAAGGCUACCGUGGCGGAAAGAAAUAAACUAGCAGUAGAGCAAGCUUACAUAGAGAAACGUAAGGAGGAGAUGGAAGCCAUCCUGGAACUGACAAAGAAGGAGAAUGAAGAUCUGCUGAACUUAAAAGCUCAAAUAGAGGGAUGGAAAGAAGACAAAGAUGAACGGGGUGAACGCCUGAACAGGGAAAGAAAGGAACUUGAAGAUCUGACAAGUAAGAUGCAAAAAGAAAAAGAGGAUACGAUAAGAAACAGGAACAUUUCGGAAAAAGAGAAAAAGGACUUGGAGCUGAUGAGAUCUGAAACGCAGAAAGAAAAGGGGAAGAUGGAACAAGAGAAGAUUAAGGUACAAGUUGAGAGAGAAAAGCUUGAAAAAAUGAAACUGGAGUUACAGAAAAAGUCCAACGACCUAGAUAUGAUCAUAGAAGACACAAAGAGGGAGAAAGUCAGUGCAUCACAAAUUCCUGUCCAAAUACAACAACAAAAGAACCAAAUUGAUUGUUUUGUGGAAGAGACAAAGAGGAGUAAAAUCGAAGAAGAAUUGAUGAGCGCUGAAAUAAAAAGACAGAAAGAGGACAUAGACAGCAAACAAGACAUUCUAUCAAAGGAGAGAGAAGAUCUGAAUAAACUCAGAACAGAGGUAAACAAUCAGAGAGAAGAGAUAGAAAAUAUCACGCAAGAGCAAAUUAAAGAAACAUUUCUAAUUAAUCAGACAAAGACAGAGAUGGAAAAAGAGAGAUGUGAGAUGGACAGAAAAAAGAAAAUGAUAGAGCAGAAUAUGGAUGAGCUAGAGCAGAGAAAGUGUGAGAUGAGAAAAGUAGAAAACAUAAUUAUCGAACUGAGAAAAGAAGAAGACAGUAUAACGAAUGAGAUGAACAGGAUGAGAAAGAUCACAGAGCAGAACAGUUUUGAAAUGCAGAGACGGUCUGAAGACAUGAAUCAGCUAAUGGAUGAGACAAGACGGGAGAGGGGGAAGGUUGAAGAACUGGCUAUCCAAACUCAAAAAGAAAGAGAAGAAAUGGUGGGUUUUAUGGAAAAGAACAAACAAAAGCAGAACGAACUGGAACUCAUGAAUGACAAGAUUGAAAGAGAGAAACAAGACAUUGAAGAAAGUCGGGAUGUGCUAACAAAGGAGAGAGAGGAGCUGGAACAAAUGAGGAGUGAGAUACAGCAACAGAGAGAGGAGACAGAAUCUCACAUGGAAGACCAAAGGAAAGAGAAAGAACAUUUGAAACAAAUGACAACGGACAUGAAAAAACAGUUGCUAGAGGUGGAUAAUGACAAGGAAAUGAUAGAAAGCUCAAUGGGGGAACUGAGAGUGAAAGAGGCAGAAAUGGUGAGAGAAAAAGACAACAUGGAUAACAAGAUGGCUAGGCUCAAAGAGGAAGAGGAUGGAAUGCGGGAAGAAAUAGGAAGGAAGAUGGACAUCUUAAAGAAGGAAAGUUGUGAAAUCAAAAGACUUAGAGAUGAAAUUGACAGUGAAAAGGACCAGCUGAAUGCAAAAUUGCUUGAGUUGGAAAAAAUGCGUGAAGAACUAGAUAGAGAGAAGAAGGAAGUGAACAACAGGAAGGAUGAAACACUGAAAGAGAAAGAUCAGUUGGAAGAGAGGCGAGGUAAGAUAAGUAAGGAGAAAGAGGAAUUGGAUAUCAGUCUAGAAGUGAUGAAAAGACAAAGGGAAGACUUGACAAGCUUGAAGGCUGAAGCAGAAGCACAGACCGAGCCUAUGGAAAUAGACUGGAAGGAAAAGCUCACGAGGGAAAGAAAACAACUUGAAGAUGUAAAGGAGGAGAUACAGAAGGAAAAAGAAGCCUUUGAGAGAAAGAAGGGAUUGACCAUGAAAGAAAGAGAUGAGUUUGAUCUGAUGAAGUCUGAAACCCAGGGACAAUUGGAGGAAAUAGAACAAAACAAACAAGACAUUCGUGUGGAGAAGGAAAAGCUGGAUCAGAUCAAAGCUGAGUUAGAAAGACGGUCUGAAGACGUAAAUCAGGUCAUGGAUGAGACAAGAAGGGAGAGGGGGAAUGUUGAAGAACUGGCUAUCCAAACUCAAAAAGAAAGAGAAGAAAUGGUGGGUUUUAUGGAAAAGAACAAACAAAAGCAGAACGAACUGGAACUCAUGAAUGACAAGAUUGAAAGAGAGAAACAAGACAUUGAAGAAAGUUGGGAUGUGCUAACAAAGGAGAGAGAGGAGCUGGAACAAAUGAGGAGUGAGAUACAGCAACAGAGAGAGGAGACAGAAUCUCACAUGGAAGACCAAAGGAAAGAGAAAGAACGUUUGGAACAAAUGACGACGGACAUGAAAAAACAGUUGCUAGAGGUGGAUAAUGACAAGGAAAUUAUAGAAAGCUCAAUGGGUGAACUGAGAGUGAAAGAGGCAGAAAUGGUGAGAGAAAAAGACAACAUGGAUAACAAGAUGGCUAGGCUCAAAGAGGAAGAGGAUGGAAUGCGGGAAGAAAUAGGAAGGAAGAUGGACAUCUUAAAGAAGGAAAGUUGUGAAAUCAAAAGACUUAGAGAUGAAAUUGACAGUGAAAAGGACCAGCUGAAUGCAAAAUUGCUUGAGUUGGAAAAAAUGCGUGAAGAACUAGAUAGAGAGAAGAAGGAAGUGAACAACAGGAAGGAUGAAACACUGAAAGAGAAAGAUCAGUUGGAAGAGAGGCGAGGUAAGAUACGUAAGGAGAAAGAGGAAUUGGAUAUCAGUCUAGAACUGAUGAAAAGACAAAGGGAAGACUUGACAAGCUUGAAGGCUGAAGCAGAAGCACAGACCGAGCCUAUGGAAAUAGACUGGAAGGAAAAGCUCACGAGGAAAGACAACAACUUGAAGAUGUAAAGGAGGAGAUACAGAAGGAAAAAGAAGCCUUUGAGAGAAAGAAGGGAUUGACCAUGAAAGAAAGAGAUGAGUUUGAUCUGAUGAAGUCUGAAACCCAGGGACAAUUGGAGGAAAUAGAACAAAACAAACAAGACAUUCGUGUGGAGAAGGAAAAGCUGGAUCAGAUCAAAGCUGAGUUAGAAAGACGGUCUGAAGACGUAAAUCAGGUCAUGGAUGAGACAAGACGGGAGAGGGGGAA